GUUACCGCUGACGAUGUUAUUUCCUAUGUUGCCAAACAUUUUGGUAUAGAAAAUAAAUAUAUCUCUUGCUUCAUAUUGGUCAAAAAAGGUAUUUCUGUUACCGAUUUGGAUAGUGUCAACUUUAAACUUGGCGUUUCUUCUAGUUUUUACAAUACGCUCUUAGAUGCAAAUUUGUGGCCAUUAGGUAUAAAUGUUCGGCCGUUUCGUUUUUUCCAGAAAGAUGUGCAGUAAAGGUUU